AUGUCGGAGGCCGAUUCCGGACCUGCGUCGGUGUCACCUGACCCACUCACACCUCCCCACACAGCCCUCCACUGGACGUCCUACGGCACAUGGUAUCCUAUCUUUCGCAAGCACGCACCCAAAUCCACCGUCAUCGACAUCCCUUCCACUCAACCCGAACUGCUCGACUGGCUCGACUCCGGCACGUUCGUCCUACCCGAUGGAAGCGGACCUUCCACCAUCACUGCGACAACCUCGGCUACGAUCUCUUCAGUAUCCUCACAUUCUUCUUUCUCAGAUUCCGACGAAGAGGAGCCAGAGCAAGCACUCUCCCUGCCAAAACUAGACGCAGCGAUCCGCGACGUGAUCUCCAAGUACUCUGGCCCAGUAUUCCCAAAACUCAACUACUCCGCGCCGCUAGACGCAGGGUUCAUGCUGCCGGGCAACUCCCUCCAAUGCUAUCAUCCGGAAGACGUCUACCUGCUCCUCAAAAGCAGCGAGUUCGUCGGUCGAGAUCUCGAGCAGCUAUCCCACCUCUUCCGCACAUCCUCACAGCAGGCGCCGACUCCGCAGCUGGUGCUGAAGAAGUGGUUCUCGCUCAACAAGUCGUACGAAUUUCGAUGCUUUGUACGCAGCAACUCGCUCAUCGCCAUCUCGCAACGAGACGUUACGUUCUACGAACAUUUGCAGUCGAGCCAAUUGCAACAGCAGAUCAGCGACAAGAUCGAGGAGUUUUGGGAGGAUGAACUGGUGGAAGAGGAGAGGUGGGGGUUGAGGGAUUACAUCUUCGACGUGUAUUUGACGAAGGAUCUGGGAAGGGUGUGGUUGAUCGAUGUGAAUGCGUGGUUGCCCAGAACGGAUCCGCUGUUGUUCGCGUGGGAGGAUCUGGAUGAGCUGCACUUGCGAGAAAAGGCUGGACGAUCGCAGAAGAGCCUCACGCAGGACGAACCGGAAGACGGAGUCGUCAGACUCAACCUACACCCGUCCCCCGCAGAUUUUGCACCACAGGUCAACCGCCCGCAACUGCGAAUUCUGCACGAUCGUCGCAUGCAGUCAUCCGGCGGAACCGGCGCAACCUACAGCAGCAACAUGGUCCCCAAAGAUCUUGUCGAGUUCGCCAAAACGCGCGGCGACGACACAACCGCCAUCCCCGGUGGCACGGAUAUGUCUGUAGACCAGAUCGUCAAACGGUGGAACGACAAGGUCGACUUGGAGGACAAGUCCGCGCAGCAAGAGGACGUGUAG